AUGGCUGCGGCAUGUUGGAGCAUGAAGGGCCUGGUUGCUCUAAUAACCAGAGGAGCCUCUGGUCUAGGUCUGGCCACAGUGGAGAGACUGACAGGACAAGGGACCACUGCUGUGCUUCUGGACCUGCCCAACGCUGAUGGGGAUGCCCAAGCCAAGAACUUAGGGAAGAGCUGCGCCUUUGCCCCAGCUGACGUGACCUCGGAGAAGGACGUGAGAGCAUCUCUGACUGUAGCAAAAGAAAAGUUUGGCCAUGUGGAUGCGGCAGUCAAAUGUGCAGGCAUUGCGGUGGCCAUCAAGACAUACAACCUAAAGAACAAUCAGGUCCACACCCUGGAGGACUCCCAGUGAGUUCUCAGUGUGAAUCUCAUGGGCACCUUCAAUGUGAUGCACCUGAGGUCUGGUGAGAUGGGCCUGGAUGAACCAGACCAGGGAGGCCAACACGGUGUCAUCAUCAACACUGCCGGCAUGGUUGCCUUUGAGGGCCAGGCUGAACGAACUGCUUCCUCUGCUUCCACAGGGGGCACAGUGGGCAUGAUGCUGCUCACUGCUCAGUGUCCGGCUCCCAUGGGCAUCCGAGUGGUGACCACUGCUCCCGGCCUACUUGGCACUCUGCUGCCGACCAGCCUCCCAGAAAAACUAUGCAACUUCUUGGCCAGCCAAGCGCCCCUCCCCAGCAGACUGGGUGGUCUCGCCGAGUAUGCUCAUCUGGUAUAAGCUGUCGUGGAGAACCCAUUCAUCAGUGGAGAGGUCAUCCCGCUGGGUGGGGCCAUCUGUUUCGGUGCCUUCAGGCAGCCAUCCAUGGUGCUCAAGGGUGGCGCUGGGGUGGACCCCAGGCUGCGGGGACUGGGAAAGGGCAGCUCAGACAACCUGUCCUGGACCAGCAGGCUACACAGGCCAGGCUAUGAGCAUUCAUCGUUUGGGGGUCUUCAACAAUUAGAGCCCAGGACUCUUCUCAUGCCAUAUAUCAUGGCACUGGAGGCAGGAGGUUAUGAAAAUGAGACCUUCAACUGUACUGUUCUCGCCAUUCUUGAAGCUGAAAUGCAAACUUCGGGGGGGCCUCCCAGAAACAGCUCUCCUUGGAGCCGGGUUUGGAGCCGGCUGUUACGGAUCUUCAUAAACACCGUAAACCUCAAAAAGUUGAGGCAGCGUUACACAAAGCGAAACCCAGCUAUGGGCUCCUUGGAAGUUUCUGUAACUCCCAAGGUAAAGCAUAUCUUAGAGGAACUUCCCCGCAGGAAAAGUUUAUCCCACCAAGUUGACCCGGGGAGUAACACGGAAGCCAACGGAGUUUCCUGGUGA